CUAUCUGUUAACAGUCGUCCACUUUUGCCGUUGCUGCUGUCUUGCGCAUGCGUCCCCGUCACGUUUGUCUUGCGCAGCGCAGUCGCCGCCGCCCGUGGUUCGACUCGGCUCGCUGUUGCUGCGGCUGUGGCGCCUGCAUUGGGGGGUACGAGUAUAAAACAGAUGGGUCGCCAGCCUAUGGUUAUCAGUCAGCGACAGGCAUUGACAGUGCUUCGGUUUUCGCAUUAUACUUUACUAGUAUUUCCAGUGUAGAAGAGUUCGUGAUUUUAUUUGACCAAAUAUGUCCGCCCUGAAAGCAUUCAUCAUGUUCGCCCUAUUGUCCGUGGUUUACUGUGCGCCCAGCCCAGGCUUCUUCGGUAAACACGAACAUCAUACGAUCCAUGUUCCAUACAAGGUUCACACGGUUCACCACCAUCAUGUACAGAAGAUUCAUGUUCCGGUGGUAAAGCACGUGCCCAUUUACAAGGAGGUUCCUGUUCACCACGUCCACCACGAGGAGAUCCUUCCAGUGCCCGUUCACCAUGUGCAUCACGAGGAGGUGCCAGUCCAUCAUGUUUACGAGGAUCAUCACGAUUACCACAAGGGCUGGAGCUCAGCGCACCAUGGACUCGGCUGGAUCUAGGUCGUCAGCCACACAAAAACGCUCCACCAAACCAAUAAAACCCAGCCCAACCCUCCUGACUGUAAAUAUUAUACAAUUCCUAAGUUAAUGAUUGUAAAUAAACUGAAUUCGAUUGUACGUA